CCCAUAAUCUUCCCCAUUCAAUAUCUCUUGCUCACUCGGGUUUUCACCCUAGACGUAUAUAUUCAUCAGCGUAGUUUGGGUAGUUGUAUAGUUGGUGUUGCUAGCGUAAGUAGUUAUAACAGCUGGGAGCUUUCCGCACGGACCACCAAAAUGUAGCUAGCUAUCUCAAAGUAAAUCGGGGCGAUGAUGCUAUCCAUGUCUCUCGUCCAAAAGUCCUUGCGACCGCCUCCGACCCAGCAAUGCAGAACGUCCUCGACCCCAAACGCGGGAACGCGUGGGUCGAGUCGCCGUACAUGCGGUCUCUCAUGGCCGGUGGUCUAGCAGGCACAACCGUAGACCUCUCCCUCUACCCCCUCGACACGCUCAAAACCCGCCUCCAAUCCUCCGCCGGCUUCGCCGCAAGCGGCGGCUUCACAGGCAUUUACCGGGGCGUCGGCAGCGCUGUCAUCGGAUCCGCCCCGGGCGCCGCCCUCUUCUUCAUAACCUACGACUCCAUAAAACGGCACCUAGCCGCUCCCCCGACCACCGCGCGCAACGCCGAGGGCAAACUCUACACAGAACACCAGAGCAACACGGGCAGAGAAGCAGGCGUGCACAUGCUGGCAGCGAGUCUUGGCGAGGUCGCGGCGUGCGCUGUUCGUGUCCCCACUGAGGUCGUUAAGCAGCGCGCGCAGGCUAGCCAGCACCCUAGCUCGUUGUCUGCGCUCACGUAUAUUCUGAAUCAGCGGCAUACGCGGGGUUUUGCGCAUGUGUGGAGGGAGCUGUACCGCGGGUGGGGGAUCACGAUUAUCCGGGAAGUGCCGUUCACCGUGAUACAGUUUCCGCUGUGGGAGGUGCUGAAGCGGUGGCGCACGAGUGCUACGGGGAAGAGCGAGGUGUCUGGGUUGGAAGGUGGGCUUUUGGGCAGUGUUGCUGGGGCUGUGGCGGCCGGUGUCACGACACCGUUGGAUGUGCUGAAGACGAGGAUGAUGCUGGCUAAGGAAAAGGUGGGCAUGUUUGAUAUGUUGAGGACGAUUCUGAGGCAAGCUGGCCCUAGGGCUUUCUUUUCUGGGAUUGGACCGAGGAUUGGGUGGAUUAGUGCGGGUGGUGCUAUUUUCUUGGGCUCGUAUCAGUGGGCGAGUAAUACUUUGGGUGGUGUAGAUGAGUCAUGA